AAAGGGUGUAGGUGGCAUUAUGAUAUGUAUCAAUGACGCUUUUAUCCGCUAAAAAUGUUAACCUCUCAAUGAGGUAAACAUUAUCUGCGGUAUGGAUUUUAGAAAAUUAUCUAAGAAAUUAUGUCAUCACUAGCAUAGGUAACAGAGAAAAAAACAACCCCAUUGUGAUUAACUAAUAGAUACAACCUAUUCAUAUAUCAAUAUUGUAAUCACGAAUGGUAGCCUACAUUGUUUAAUUAUGAAAUUUACUAACAUACUGUGUUAAGAGACAAAAUUACAGUGAUAUAAGCGAAUUGAAUAUGAUGAUAAAUCAAAAUAUCUUUCUUUUUUCGAAAAUGUACCCACGCAAAUGAAGGAUACAGAGAAACUUGACACAUUUAAACAAAUACACAUACAGUGUGUGUGUGUGGUUGGCAACAAUUCAUGUUGACUUUUAAUUCAUUGAUAAUUUUCAUUUCAAUCAAAAUGUAUUUCAUUAUUCUAUUGUAUACAGUAUACUGUAUAUAACUCACAAUUUGAGGGCACUCAAUGAGUAUCUGAAGUAUAACGCAAAGUUUAUACAAGCGAAAACAUAAUUUCGGAUUCAUUUUCAUUCGGUAUAUUUAAUUAUGAAAAGAAAUAAAGAAUAUCUAAUUGGAUAGUAUUGUUAUUAUUAUAAUGAAAUAACACUUAAAUUAUGUAUCAAUCACAUUGUUUAUUAUUUAUAAUUCUAUUAACAAUUUACACGGUGAAUAUUCUUCAAGGAUGUAUGAAAUCAUCAAUGUUUUAUCGUACACCAAUACGUACACGUUCUCAUGUAUUUGUACCAGGUGAAUAUCAACCAAAACAAUUAGAAGGUAAUUUAGAAGCAAGUGGACCAUUAGAUACAAGAGAUUUUCAUAAUCAAUUUCCAAAUAAACGUUUAGUACGUGUUGAUUCACCAUAUAUUAUAUUUGAUUCUGAAGAAGCUAGAUGGAUGACAAAAGGCUGCCGUGACCGAUUGAUCAAAUUAUCGACACAGAUACAUAAUACAUGGGCUAAACAAGAUGUUAUCUUACGAGUGAUACGUUCUUGGGUUAAACCACCACCAAAUUACAAACCUCUUCCACAAGACGAUAAUAUGGAAGAUAGUCAUGAAGAUUCACCAUUACUUUAUGAGAAAAACUCUAAACCAGAAAAAGUUUCACAUAGUCGUAAUCCAGUAUUUGUGGGAAAUUCACCAACAGUUUUUUCCGGUCAAAGAGCGUUACCAUUUGUACCGGUUAAAUCAAGACAAUUUUUAGAUGCACCAGUUAUUGAUAUGACACCAGAAAUGAUGGAUGGUGAAUUUAUUCAAAUCAAUUCACAUUCAAACAAAAUUGGAACACAAUCGAAAAAUUUAAAAUUUAAUCAAUUUAUUCCAUCAUCAAAAAGUAUUUCAACACAAACUAGUCGUUGGCCUUCAAUAAAAAAUAAUCUAAAUUAUAUAACACAUCUUUCUUCUUUACCUAGAUCAUAUCCAACACAAAAUUCUCAUUCAUAUCAAUCACUAUCGUCGUCGUCGUCGUCGUCACCACCAUCACCACCACCACCAUCACCAUCAACAUCAUCAUCAUCUGGCUAUUUUUUCAAUCCUAAUAAAGUUUCAUCAUCUUUACCAGAUUCUACAUAUAAUACUAUGAUUCGAUUACCAAGAAAUAUAUUAAUUAAACAAUCAAAUAUUUCAAUUUAUCAUUUGAAUCAAACCAUUAAUCUAUCUAAUCGUAGUGAUAAAUCGGUACAUAAAUUAGUUGAACGUUCAAUUAAUCCAAUCUAUCCAUCGAAUACUGAUCGAAACUAUCGUAAUUAUGAUUAUAAUUCUAAUCAUAAUUAUUUAAUAAAUAAUAAUAAUAAUCAAUUAAAUGAAUUACGUAUGGAAGAAUUUCAUUAUGCUGGUAGAGCUGUUGAUAUGGAAUUAAUUACACGUAAAUAUGGUAGACCACAUAAUUCUGAUUUACAUUUAGGUGUAUUAGCACAAAUAGCCUAUUAUGUAGCACAUUUUGAUUGGUGUUUUUUUAAUCGUGCUGGUCAUGUACAUUGUUCCGUUAAACCUGAUUCUAUUGUCACAUCACAAUGGUUUGGAUGUUUCUCUAGUGAAUCAAAAGUAUUUAAAUCAAAUGGUCAAUUAAUAUCAAUGAAAGAUUUAAAAAUUGGUGAUUAUAUUAUAACACAGAAUCCAUUAAAUGGUCAUAUAACAAAUACAUUAGUUAUUGGUUUUCUUGAUUAUGAUCAACAUGCAUGGAGUCCAUUAAUAGAAAUUAAAUAUCAAAUUAAUUCCGAUUUAAUACAACAAGAACAACAACAAGAAGAACAAAAACAAGAAAAGGAAGAAGGACAACAACCAUGGAAACACGAAGAAGAAGAAGAAGAAGAGCAACAACAACAACGAGAACAGGAAAAAGAAGAGGAACAACAACGAAAACAGGAAGAAGAAGAACAGCAGCAACGAGAACAAGAAGAAGUAGAACGACGACGACGACAACAACAACAACAAGAAAACAGUAUUUACCUAACUGAAGAUCAUUUAAUCUUUAUAUAUGAUAAUUCUACAAUAAUAAAUAAUCAUAAGAAAGCUGUAUUUGCAUCGAAUGUUAAAAAAGGUCAAAUUAUUUUUGUUUAUAAUAACAAAUUAAAUAAAUUAAUGAAAGCAAAAAUUAUAUCAGUUCAAUUAAGAAAAUCAUUUUUCUCCCUUAAUAAUAAUACUGAUAAUCAAUAUUAUAAAAUUGGUUUAUAUGCCCCAAUUACUGAUACUGGUACAAUGAUUGUUGAUAAUGUAUUAGUAUCAUGUUUUGCUUAUAUAUCAAAUCAUCAAUUAGCAUCAUUGAUUAUAUUACCAUGGAAACUAAUUUAUAAAUUAAUUAUAUUUAUAAAAAUGUUUCAAUUUAAUGAAUCUAAUGAAAUAGAUUCAAUCAAUUCAAAUGGUGUUCCAUGGUUUAUUCAAUGGAUAUAUAAGUUAACAUAUAGAAUUUUAUCAGAAUCACAUUUUUAUAAAAGUACAUAUUUGAUUUAAUAUAUAUAUAAUCAAAUAGCAUUUAUAUAUGAAAUGGUACUCAUAUUUGAAUCUUUUUAAUUUACAUAUGUAAAACAAUGUAUCUCAAUGGACAUCUAUCUAUCUAUCUAACUACCUAUCUAUCUAUAUACAUACCAAUCUACCUAUCUAUUUAUCCGCAUUAUCUAUCUACCUAUCUACCUACCUAUCUAUCUAUCUAUCUAUCUAU